ACUUGUGGGGCAGGCCUAGCGUCGGAGCUUCUAGCACAGAAAUACUCCCUGCCUCAGCCGGGCGAUCGAACAAGUCCUCUGGCCAUGUACGAGAGGGGAGUUUUCGAUGAGAUGGCAGCGAGAGCGGCCACUACGUCGAGCGGCCAUAGAAGCGAAGAAUUUAAUGCGGCGAUCCUUCCUCGCUGCCGAACCAUGGUGGAAGCUAUCGGACAACGCUUAGCCUACGAGGCAGCACUGCGUCCCGGCAACGUGGUUCCGGAAGUGCUCGAUCUCUUCGAGAAAUGUUGUGUCCAGGAAGACGCCAGUUGGCACGUCGAGCAUCGCAAUGACAGCCGGGCACGGAUCUGGACAGCAGAGGAGAGGGCGUUUACUAAUUUGA